AUGGCCUGCGUUUGCCUCGCCAGUGGGCAGGAGGUGAUGACAGUCGAGGACUUUGCUCGGUGGUGGGACGAGACUUCUGAGCAGCGGGAAUGUGGUGCAAUCGCUUCCGAUUGCUUCUGCGACGCGCUGCGGCGGGAGGUGGCGAGGCGGAUGCAGCUGGGGAACUUCCGUCAGCUGCGCCUGGCCGCGGAGCAGGAGGUGCUGGGACCAACAAGCCACUGGCAAAACUCGGGGCCUUUGGUGGCGGUGCUGCGGCCCUACCAGGAAGCCUCCAAUGAGCAGCAGGUCUUUCGGGCAGUCCAUGAUCUUGGAUGGCUGAUCGAGCUCCUGGAGCUGCCCUUGGACCCAAACACCGAGACCGGGCAAGGCUCCACGCCGCUGCUGCACCUGGUGGCAAAAGGCGGCCUGGGGGUACGGUACUCCGCGGCCUGCUUCUGCCGGCGCGUGCGCUUCACAGUGAGCAGCCCGCCGUUGACCUCCAAGCUUUGCGACUGCAAAGUCUGCCAAAAGCUCCACGGGGCACCGACUCAGUGGGCCGCCCUCUUCCGAAAGCCCCAGGUGCGCUUCGAGAGCAGUUCCUUCAACUUCUUGCGGUGGUAUCACACCUCCACGGACACCGUGUGCACCAACGCGGCGGACAGGGUGCUGCCUAGUAAGCUGCAAUGCAGCCAUUGUGGCACCUGGGUGGCGGAUGAGGGCAGGGAGAUGUUUAUGACGUUCCCCACGCUCUUCGACUUUCCAGACGAAGGCCCCGAGCGCUUCCCGGCGCAGUUCCUGCCGCGGUGCCGCAUCUUCUGCCGCAGCCGGGCGCUGGCCGAGCAGGACCAUUUGCCGUGCUACCUGGACGAUGGGAAGAGUCCCCUGUCGAUGGGCGAUUUCCUGCGGGACAUCGCGCCCCCGCUGGAUGGGUUGACUUCAGCCCUAGCUCUGGAUUGA